GCCACCACCGAAGGCGGAGGAGGGGAGGACGGCCAAGAGCGACGCCGCCGUGUGCCCAACGGUCGGUGUCCCCGGCUGAGGCAGCGCGGCCGCAGCAGCCCCGUUUGAUCUGUGGAUGAAAUGAAUCAUGAUUUUCAAGCUCUUGCAUUAGAAUCUCGGGGAAUGGGAGAGAUGCAGAAAAAGAGUCCAGUCACUCUUCUGGGCCACAAGAGGGCACCCUGCAGCUAGCUAACCCUCCCCUUCUUCAGAACAGCGUUUUCCAAAGAGUUUGUCAUUUUCAGAGGACUGAUUUAAGGCUUCCUGAUUUGGGAUCAAUAGAUUGUUAGUAUUGAGGACCUAGGAAGAAUUGUGAAGUUCACCUCCAUUGCAUUGUGAACUUUUGCCUACCAAAAAAUUUUGGGAACCUGAUGAUUCAACAAAAGAUGGACAAAAAGGCAUAUUUCUUGGAGAUGAUGAAUGGAGAGAGACUGCAUGGGGAACUUCUCACCAUUCAAUGUCCCAGCCUAUUAUGGUACAGAGAAGAUCUGGACAGGGUUUUCAUGGAAACAGUGAAGUAAAUGCAAUAUUGUCUCCGCGAUCAGAAAGUGGAGGCCUUGGUGUGAGCAUGGUAGAAUAUGUAUUAAGUUCUUCUCCUGCUGAUAAAUUGGAUUCUCGAUUUAGGAAGGGAACUUUUGGCACUAGAGAUGCUGAAACAGAUGGACCUGAGAAAGGAGAUCAAAAAGGCAAGGCUUCUCCAUUUGAGGAGGACCAAAACAGAGAUCUUAAACAAGGAGAUGAUGAUGAUUCUAAAAUAAAUGGCAGAGGUUUGCCAAAUGGAAUGGAUGCCGAUUGCAAAGAUUUUAAUCGUACUCCUGGAAGUCGUCAAGCCUCUCCAACUGAAGUAGUUGAGCGCCUGGGCCCCAAUACUAAUCCCCCAGAAGGAUUGGGGCCUCUUCCUAAUCCUACAGCUAAUAAACCACUUGUUGAAGAAUUUUCAAAUCCUGAAACUCAGAAUCUAGAUGCCAUGGAACAAGUUGGUCUGGAUUCCUUACAGUUUGACUAUCCUGGUAAUCAGGUACCAAUGGACUCUUCAGGAGCUACCGUAGGCCUUUUCGACUACAACUCCCAGCAGCAGCUCUUUCAGAGGACUAAUGCACUGACAGUUCAGCAGUUAACUGCAGCUCAACAGCAGCAAUAUGCAUUAGCCACAGCUCAGCAGCCACAUAUAGCUGGUGUAUUCUCAGCAGGCCUUGCUCCAGCUGCAUUUGUGCCAAAUCCAUAUAUUAUUAGUGCUGCUCCUCCAGGGACUGACCCGUAUACUGCAGCAGGAUUGGCUGCAGCAGCAACAUUAGCAGGUCCGGCAGUGGUUCCACCUCAGUAUUAUGGUGUUCCGUGGGGGGUGUAUCCAGCCAAUUUAUUUCAGCAGCAGGCUGCAGCUGCGGCAAACAACACAGCAAAUCAGCAAGCAGCAUCACAAGCUCAGCCUGGACAGCAACAGGUUCUUCGUGCUGGAGCAGGUCAGCGCCCUCUUACUCCCAAUCAGGGCCAGCAAGGGCAGCAAGCUGAAUCACUUGCAGCAGCAAAUCCAACUUUGGCUUUUGGUCAGGGUCUUGCUACCGGCAUGCCAGGCUAUCAAGUACUAACUCCAACUGCCUAUUAUGAUCAGACUGGUGCCUUAGUGGUUGGCCCUGGAGCAAGAACUGGCCUCGGAGCUCCAGUUCGAUUAAUGGCUCCAACACCUGUUUUAAUUAGUUCAGCAGCAGCACAAGCUGGUAAGUCAGCAGCAGCUGGAGGAACUGCAAAUAGUCUCACAGGCAGCACAAAUGGUCUCUUCCGGCCACUUGGCACUCAGCCACCACCGCAGCAGCAGCAGCCGCAGCAGCCAAGCACUAAUCUGCAGUCGAAUUCAUUUUAUGGGAGCACUUCUUUGACUAAUAGCUCCCAGAGCAGUUCUUUAUUUUCUCACGGACCUGGCCAACCUGGAAGUACAUCUCUUGGCUUUGGAAGCAGUAGCUCUUUGGGUGCUGCUAUAGGCUCAGCCCUCAGUGGAUUUGGCUCAUCAGUUGGCAGUUCUGCAAGUAGUAGUGCCACAAGGAGAGAGUCUCUAUCUACUAGCUCUGACUUGUACAAAAGAUCUAGUAGCAGCCUAGCACCCAUAGGGCAACCAUUUUACAAUAGUCUGGGAUUUUCCUCCUCUCCAAGUCCAAUAGGCAUGCCUCUGCCAAGCCAAACUCCAGGACAUUCACUUACGCCACCGCCAUCACUUUCAUCACAUGGAUCCUCAUCCAGUUUGCAUUUAGGAGGACUGACAAAUGGUAGUGGUCGAUAUAUCUCUGCAGCACCUGGAGCAGAAGCAAAAUAUCGAAGUGCUUCAGGCACUUCCAGUCUGUUUAGCUCCAGCAGCCAGCUCUUUCCUCCUUCUCGGCUUCGGUAUAAUAGGUCUGAUAUUAUGCCUUCUGGCCGAAGUAGAUUGUUGGAAGAUUUCAGAAACAACCGCUUCCCAAACCUUCAACUUAGAGACUUGAUUGGACACAUAGUUGAGUUUUCUCAAGACCAGCAUGGUUCUAGAUUCAUACAGCAAAAGCUAGAGAGAGCUACUCCAGCUGAGCGACAGAUGGUAUUUAAUGAAAUUCUACAAGCAGCCUAUCAAUUAAUGACAGAUGUUUUUGGCAACUAUGUUAUACAGAAAUUUUUUGAGCCCAAAGGUGGAAACAGUCCAGCAGAUGAAUGUAUAAACAGAAUGUGGUAUAUACAUGCAGUAGAAUAUUGUUCAGCCAUAAGAAGGAAUGAAGCUUUGAUACAUGCUUACACAUGGAUGGAACUAAGUGAAAUAAGCCAGUUUGGGAGUUUGGAUCAAAAAUUAGCCCUGGCUACUCGUAUUCGUGGUCAUGUUCUACCCUUAGCAUUGCAGAUGUAUGGCUGCCGUGUUAUUCAGAAAGCAUUAGAGUCUAUUUCAUCUGACCAGCAGGUAAUUAGUGAAAUGGUAAAGGAGCUAGAUGGUCAUGUACUGAAAUGUGUGAAAGAUCAAAAUGGAAACCAUGUUGUACAAAAAUGUAUUGAAUGUGUUCAACCACAGUCACUACAGUUCAUCAUUGAUGCUUUCAAAGGACAAGUGUUUGUACUUUCAACUCAUCCUUAUGGCUGCAGAGUAAUCCAGCGCAUCCUAGAGCACUGCACUGCAGAACAGACCUUACCUAUCUUAGAAGAACUUCACCAACAUACAGAGCAGUUGGUACAGGAUCAGUAUGGCAAUUAUGUUAUUCAGCAUGUACUGGAACAUGGUCGACCUGAAGACAAGAGCAAAAUUGUUUCUGAAAUCAGAGGAAAGGUCUUAGCCCUGAGUCAACACAAAUUUGCCAGCAAUGUAGUAGAAAAGUGUGUUACUCAUGCCUCCCGUGCUGAGAGAGCAUUACUGAUUGAUGAAGUUUGCUGCCAGAAUGAUGGUCCUCACAGUGCCUUAUACACCAUGAUGAAGGACCAGUAUGCCAACUAUGUAGUUCAGAAGAUGAUUGAUAUGGCUGAACCUGCUCAGAGAAAGAUAAUCAUGCACAAGAUUCGACCUCACAUUACUACUUUGCGCAAAUACACAUAUGGGAAGCAUAUACUGGCCAAGUUGGAAAAAUAUUAUUUGAAAAAUAGCCCAGAUCUAGGGCCUAUUGGAGGACCACCAAAUGGAAUGCUGUAAAGGAAAAAGAGAAGAUGAUGUAACCAUGUGAGAGGAACGUUUCUUUUGUGAAUUAUCAAAACACAACUCAACUAUGAAUCUUCAAAUUUUUUUUAAAGUGAAACUAUUUAUUGACUUUAUUCAUCCAUUUGUAAAUUUUUAAGGUUCUUGUGUAUAUUUGGGGGUGGGGGGUGGUGAAUUAUAAAUUAUAUUCAGCCCUGAGUGGAGACCUAUCAGAUUGGAUUGCUGGCAAAGCACAGAAUGCCUGUAUAUGAUGUAACUGUAUCAAAAAAUGCUGUCACAUAUUUUGUAAAUUUUUACCUUGUAAAGUCACAAAAAUAGUUUUUAAAGGAAAAAGUACAGUAUUCUUUUAAUAAACUGGCUUGCAGUCUGGUAGGUCUACGGACCCCAUAGCACAACAGGUUUAUAGAAAUGUAUAUAGAAAUAUAGUCCUUAUGGGUUUUUUUUUUUUUGUCCUUUGUGUGAAGCCUUUUAUAACAGAUUAACAGUCAACUGCAUAAAUAUUAUUAAUAUUUUUAAAAGAAAGUUAAGUUGUAUUUUGGUAAUUCACAAACUAUCAUGCAAAUAAAAACUCGGCAAGUAAGACAAGAAUUAAAUGAUUUGAAAUGAACUUACAUUAUUUACAGUAGAUGUGGUUUUAAUACAAAUACUGCCCCAAAAUGUCUCUGGCAAUGUACAGAAGUAUUGUAUAUACUUACAUAUGUAAUUGUUGUAAGAGGUAGAAAAAACAAAAUCAUGGUGACACUUCCAUCCAGUUAAGUACGCUAAACGAAAAGUUAAGUUCCAUUUUAACUUUUCAGUUUGGUUUGCGAUGAGAAAGAGUGGAGAUUUGUAUAUUGUUUUGCUUAUAGAAUUACAAGGACAUGUUGAAAAAGUGUUGAGAUUUAUUUUGCUUUUUCAUAGUAGAUUCAGAAAGUAGGAACAAGAUAGAGGUGAAAAGGGGCCACUGAAAAGUGAAUUUGAUAGCUCAACAUUUAAGCAUGAUUACAUAUUCAGAUAGCUUUUUUUGCUUCCUAUAAAUAUAUGCAUUGUGUGUGUGUAGUAAUAGAUGUAAGUUUACACUUUGAAAGCAAAUCUUGUUUCAAUGUUUAUUAUAAAAAGCCUUGCUAAUUUAGUAAUGAUGUUUUCUUUGGUUGUACAGGUGUACAUUUGUAAACCUUAAUGCUGUAAAUGGAAUUUGUUUUAUCUCUUUGGGAAACAUUUGCAUUUUAGUGUACAUUUAUGUCCCUGCCCUCUGACCUGGCAUAUAGUGUUGUAUAAUGUAAAUUUAUUUCUCCAAAUCAAGAGUGAUUUUUUUAAAAUUUUUUAUCUUUAUAUGGUUUCAGAAGUAUGAACCAGCUUUCUUUUUAUUAUUGUGAAAAACAUUUUGUUUUAUAACAUAGUUGUUGACUCUGUUAAUAUGGACAUGCUAGGAUUUGGAUCACUUUCAAGAAGUCAGGGUAUUGUGCAUAAUAGAAAGUAUUGGACUGAGAUAUUUGGUUACCAUGGAGGCCAAUGCUUUUUCCAUCUUAUUAAAUGUGAUGUGACUUUUUUCUUUGUACAGAAGAGUACUGUAUUUUUGAAUAGCCUACUCCCAAGUAAUAGCAAAUCUGUAUGAUAACAUUUUUUCUCUGGACAUAAGACAUAACAGUAACAUGAUGUACAUUUACAAGCGGCCUUAUGUACAUUUCCCAACAAUCUUUUUAAGGCAAAAUUGUGACCAUAUGUGUAUAAUUAAAAUCGUUUUUAAUCCUUUGCCUAUGAAAAUAUUUUGGAAAAAAAAACUUGCUUUGUAUAUUCAGUUUCUGAAAGAUAAAGAAAGUGCUUUGUAUUUUGUUGAAGUCAGUAUUUUGUAUAAAACUUUUAUGUUGACCCACUUAUGUUUAAAGCUAAAAACUAAUGAACCAUGCUGUCUCUUUCAAUUGAACAUGUAAGGGAUUUUUUUAUUAGAAGUCUGCAGAAGAAAAGCAAUCUUCUGAGCACAAUAUUAAAUAUAAAGGUUUUUUCACAUAGCUGUUCAUAUCAUGAACCUAAGAAUAAUGGCAUGAAGUUUGGGGUGCCAGGCAUACUUUUUCAUGUUUGAUGUUGAGUUAUUCUAGUUUUCUAAUAACCCAACAUUUCGUGUUGAGGCCAUAAAAUUUAACCACUUGUCAGUGUCACGGUCCCUUCUCAUAGUCACACUAGUUCAUCAGCAUGUCCCAGGCACAGUAACAGAGCUUUUUUCCCUCCAUACAGAACUGCUCUCUGCCACUCUUCCCCACUUUGUUUUGCCAGCCUCAGAAUGUCUUGGACCUGUGUUGAACUUUUGUUCCCAGUAUCAGCUCAUGGUUUCAGGAUCAAAGUUGUCCUUGUUGCAGAUUGGUGGUGACUUUCCUGGAUUUGCACAGUUGAAUUCCCGGUUUUCCUUUAUCCUUAUCUUCUGUUCACACAGGCAAAUUAUUUCUGCAAAUUUAGAAAGUCCUAGAGAAUGGCACAUUGGGAAACUGAACAGUUGUCUUGGGUUCCUGAUGUUCCCAUGUAUCCCAGUGUUGACAACCAAUCUUCCCAGUAUUUUAGGGUUUAUUGUAUUUUCUAGAAAUUUUGCAGUCUGAUAUUUUUGGUGCCCACCUCUCUAAUUCCACCUUUUAAUAAAUUGGCGUGGAGUUUUGGUAUAAUCUGAAAAUGACAUUUCAGAAUAAACUUAAUUAGGCAGAACCACUUAGGCUUUGCUCUUGGGUGUCUUGAUAUGGAUUGUUUCUGGACCAGUUUGUCUUAAGUCCUGGCUCUUAUUGGUUCAUAUGAAAUAAUGUUAUCUUCACUUCUUUGUAUAUUAUGUAUAAAUUAGAAAAUGAAAAAUGUGUGAAUAACAUUGUAUGAAAUAAAUCUGGUCUUGUGUUUUUCUCUAGAUAAAA